GUCAUGACUUCAGUGCUCAGCCAAAACUUCACUGGAGUCCCUGCUUUGCUCAGCACAACUUGCGCCACGAAGACAUCUUAAAAGAAAGUGAGGAUUAAAAUCCGGGGCAGGAGACUGGAGACCAUUUGUGCAGGAGUUGCAGAUCAAACAUCCAGCCACACAAACAUCCAGCCACACAAACAUCCAGCCACACACUCCGUACACAUCUCUCAGCAGAGUGAAAGGGAGAGAGGAUAAAAACACUCGCCACCUGAAGAGGACAAACAGGAGCUGAAGGCAAAGAUGUCAGCGUGAGCCCGAGUCGGACGUCUGGAGAAAGUUUAGCAGGAGAAUUUUUGCACGGGACUUCAACACACACACACACACACACACACACAAACUUCCACCCACUGUACACGUGUCUCGCUUCCUAUCAUGGAGCUCUGCUUUUCCUCAGGGGACAUUUUUUUGCUCAUUUUCAGACACUGAUCUCAUCUGUUGAUCUGGAUUGUGAUCAAGACACAUAAAGACCUUUAACCACUGGGGAUUCGCGUGCAUGCAGCACACACACACACACACACACACACACACACUUACAGGUUAACUGAUACAGAACACUCAUGCAUAUGCAUGGCAGAUCGUGCGGCUUUUCAGCGAGAGACAGGAAGUUCGCCACAUGCAGAGUAGACUAUCCAGACUCAAACACACACACAUGGCUGUAAUCUACUUUCAGCAUGUUGGACUCUGGGUCUGCCUGAGCUAUCAGUGUGUUGAUUUUGAACUAUCAGGAGGCCGAGGGCCUGGUUCACAGCAUCACGCAUGUAAAUGUUGAAAAUUGAGUUUUAUUCACUGCGUUAUCGCAGACUGCUGACGUUUAUCGCUGACGUGUGAUUUAUUGUAAAAUGUGUUCAUCUGUAGUUCACAGAGACAUUUAAAGACUGCAUGGACAAUGAAGGAUAUUUUUCAGCUCAGCUUCGAUGAUUUUUUAUUUGUUUAGUAGUAUUGAAACAUCAAAUGCUUCCAUUAUGGUAAAGACUGCAGAGAGCUUUGAGUAUACAUUUUAGAGAACAGUAUAGUGAAGUUUUGUGUAUGGUGUGUGCUGGAAUUUGAGUCUUCUUGCCCCCCUGCGUGUCCACAGACCCUCCUGGGGCUUCAUUAGCAUGGCCAGUUAAUGAUUUCUAAACCUUGGCUGACCUUGUGGAUUCUUCAAGACAUCUUGCUUUAAAAAAAAAAAAAAAAAACUCUUUUGCUCCACUCUAGCAGGCUAAGGGGAUUGGGAGUCUGACUUUCCCCUGCACCAAAGCCGUGGGAGUGCAGGGUGUCGAAAGAGUCCACCUUCUUCCACACACUGACAUUUAGUCAUCAGUGCUUUCACUGGAUUUCACCUCCAGUCUACAGAUUUGUGUGUGAAGAGUUUUCUUCCUCAGUGCUGUCAGAAUUUUUGGAGAGGAUUUAUUUAUUUAUUUAUUUAUUUUCUGAAUGGACAAAAAUUGAGCAGAAAAGAAAAGCAGCAUGGACUCGGAUUCAGAUUCUCCUUUUAACUACUCCUGGCCUUCCUUUCCUAAAAUGAGGCUUUUGAAACGGAGGACGAAACCAGAAAAGUUGAGCUCUCCUCCAGGUUCCAGCUCUCCAUUCCAGCUUCAGUCUACAGACAUCACUGCUGCCAGGAUCACAGCCAUGCUCAACCGCACAGGAAAGAAUGAUGAGCAGCACAGGAAGUACAACAUUUCCGCAGUGACGAGCGACAGCUCCAGCACAGACACACCACAUGCCAUCAAAGUGGACUGGACGAAAGAGCAGCGGCCGUUCUCUCGCGCUUUCUCCCCAUCCCUCUCUCCUUUCUCCCCUACUUCUUCAGCAGGAUUGGUGUUGGAUCGGUUUCUUCGCAACAGCUGCCACAACGAUCACGACAAUCGCAACGCAGGUUCACCUCCAGAAUCCUAUGAAAUCAGCCCAAACCUGGUGGCCUUGGAAAUGGACAGUGAAGAGGAGGAUGAUGACUUGCUCAUGAAGAAGCCUCUCCCUCAGAUCUCGGCUGAAAGCAAAGACAACGGAGACAAACAGGACAGCUUUAAUCCAUCCUCUGACCUCAGCUGCACUCGCUCUCACUCUGCUUCCUCUGACUGUAACCAUGCCUCCCAGAAGGAAUCUGCAGAUCAGGGAGUGCGUCUUCGCUCAUAUUCUUAUUCAUCACCCAAAAUUAGCCUGCUGACCCCCCGCUCCAGCCGAGACGCCCCACGUCCUCCUGCUGACGUCAGCCACGAUGGCGUCCUCACCAGCAACAGCAGUGGCAGCAGAUCUCUCCUUCAGGCUCUGUCUCUGUCUAAAUCUCUGUCUCUUCUCAAUCCUGUUAAGCAGCGUGCACUGAGCUUAACUGAACAGGCACAAGAGAAAAGGGAGUUAAGGUUCCGUAGACGCACUCAGUCAGCCGAUGACGAGUCCAGCGUCGAGCUGACUGAUUCUCUCCAACACCUCACGCUCUCCGAAUUCCUCAAAGAAAUCGAUGAAGAGGGAUGGGAUAAAUACAUUAUUCCUUCCAAGACUGAGCCUGAAAAAUACAAAGUCAGCCGCACCUUCAGUUUCAUUAAAAGCCGAAUGUACAGCACUCGCAGCAAGAAGGGAAAAGCCAAGGAGAAGGAAGUAAAAGACAAACAGAGCAACGGACACCAGUUUUCAGCAGGUCCUGUCCUGGGGACCUUGGUUUGUGAGGUGUGUGACAAACCUGUUACUGGGAAGGAAACUCUGCACUGCACCAAUUGUGCCGUUUGUGUCCAUAAAGGUUGUAAAGAUUCUGCAGCACAGUGCCUCAAGAAAGUGCAGGACAAAUACACAGUAUCUAUGAUGAAGGCCAGAGCAUCUACACUCCCUCAAAACUUUGUAUUGCGAGAUAGCAUCACUUCUCAGAUAUCCACAUCAUCCUCCCUCCCUGUGGUGACUCCACGAGACAGAAGAGAUGCCGCAACUCUGCCAUGCAAUCUGUCCAGGAGUGUUCCUCUAGUCCCCGAGUGGCUUGCAGAGAGCCCGGAGGGAGACAGUGACCCCUCCUCCUGGAGAUCUCAUGGCCAAUCAGAGGAGCUCCAGCAAAACCUGGAAUCUUCCACAUCCACAGACUCAUCCCUGGUUGAAGACACAGUGGAUGCUCCUCUCCAGACCAGCUUUGGGACAGACGCUCUGUAUUUGGAGGCGGAGUCGUGGAGUCUAGCGGUGGAGCCUCAGUUCUGCCAGAAGCAGGAAAAACGCACGGUCAAGAGACAGGAUGUCAUCUAUGAGCUAAUGCAUACUGAGCUACACCAUCUGCAAACGCUGACCAUCAUGGCGGAGGUGUUUAGGCGAGGAAUGCGGGAGGAGGUGGGCUUGGAUGCCGAGGCCAUUGCUCGGAUAUUCCCGUGCCUGGACGAGCUCUUCGUCCUGCACCGUGACUUCCUUUUUGCCAUGAUGGAGCGCCGGAAUAACUCCACACAGCCUGACAAUGAGAAGAACUACCUCAUUCACCAUGUGGGUGAUAUCCUCCUGCAACAGUUUUCUCAGGAGAAUGCUGAAAACAUGAAGCGGGUCUAUGGAGAGUUCUGCAGCCGCCACAAUGAAGCCGUCAGCUUCUUCAAGGAGCUCCAGCAGCAGAACAAAAGAUUCCAGCUCUUUAUCAAACAACAGAGCAGCAACUCACUGGUAAAAAGGCGAGAGAUCCCAGAAUGCAUUCUGUUAGUGACACAGCGCAUUACAAAGUAUCCAGUGCUUUUAGAAAGGAUUCUCCAGUACACAGAAGAGGGCACACAGGAACAUGCUGAUAUUUCCGCUGCUCUGUCUCUGGUGCGAGAGAUGAUUUCAGCAGUGGAUGUGCGAGUGAGCGAGCGGGAGCAGAGCCAGUGGCUGAGCGACGUUCUUGGCCGCAUGGAAAGCAAGAGCUUAGCCAGACUGAAGAGCGGUGCUGCCUUUCGCAAGCACGACAUGAUCAACGGGCGAACGCUGCUUCACCAUGGCCCUCUGCUUUGGAAGACAGCCACCGGCAGACUCAAAGAUGUGCUGGCCCUCCUGCUGACUGAUCUGCUGGUUUUUCUCCAGGAGAAGGACCAAAAAUACAUCUUCGCUACUGUUGACCAGAAAUGUCCAGUGAUCUCCCUGCAAAAGUUGAUCGUGAGAGAAGUGGCUAAUGAGGAAAGAGGCAUGUUCCUUAUCAGUGCCUCCUCUAGCGGCCCUGAGAUGUAUGAGGUGCAUGCAGCAUCCAAGGACGAGCGCAACACCUGGAUGAGGCUCAUCCGAGAAGCAGUGGUGAUUUGCCAUGAGAAGGAGGAGGACACUGCAAGUGAGUCAGAAGAAGAGCGCAGAGCAGCAGAAGCCAAGAACCAGAAAAUUCAGAAGCUACAAGAGUCUCUCUACAGUCAUGACCAGCUGAUCUGCUCCAGCCUGGAGGAGAAGCUUCACAUCUAUGCAGAGCUUGCAGCCAUGGUGGGCCACAGAGACAUCAGCCCAGAGCCAAAGCUGCUGGUGUGCCCCAACACAGAAGAACUCCCUAAUGCUGCUGUUCUGCUCAGUGCUGCACUUAAAGAGGCGGAGAGUUUAAAAGAAGCGCUGGCGUUUCACUGCGGCUCCGCCUCAUGUCCAGGUCCUCUGCCUGUGUCUGAGGAACAGAACAACACUGAUGCCACUCCUCAGCUCGAGGCACCUCCUCCUGCUCCGUCUCCUCCUCCAGUGCCGGCUGAAGAAGAAGCCCAUGCAGUGGAUGCUGUGAGCAGUGAGGAAGAGGAGUCGAGAGGAGAAGGCGGCCUUGAGCUCCAGCUUCGGAAUCAGAGCAGUGCAAAUGACAAUCACAAUAUGCAUCUUAAGGUGUGUCAGAGCGUCCAGAGUCUGACUCAGUUGCUUUACAGUUUGCAGGCCGUGGUCACCAUCCAGGACAGUCGCUACGAAGUGCGUCGUCUCCUUCUUCUCCUCCUCUCAAGUUCCACCCAGCAGCGGAUCUCCCAGGGUUCCCUGCAGGAGCAGGAACGGCAGCGGGAGGCAGAGCGGCAGCGUCAGGAGCUGGCUCGUGCAGCACGUGAUCGGCAGCGCUGGACCCGCGAGUGCCAGGCACAGCAGCAGCGUUAUGAAGAGCGGGAAAGCGAACUGGCACAGCGCGAGCAACAGUGCCAUGAGGAGGCCCAGAGGCUGCAACGUCAACGCGAGGAACUGGAAGAGCAGCAGCAGGAGUACCAGCAGAGUCUGGAGAGGCUGAGGGAGGGCCAGCGGAGUGUAGAGAGAGAAAGGGAAAAGCUGGAAAUGCAACAGAGGAUGAUGGAAAGAUGGAAACAUGAACGGCAACAAAAUACCAGCAUCAAGCUCGAGGGUCACCAAGGGUCAGGAGAUGAAACAAAGAGCUUCCAUCAUGGUCAUCACAGCGGCUUGGAUGAGGAUGGGUCCAUUUACGUAAACGAAGCAGCUUUUCUGGCUCCGUCCAUGAACAAUCGGCAUCUUCAUCACUACCAGCAUCAAUACCAGCAUAAUACUCACCUACAUGCAGGAUACGUGAAUUCCCCCAGUGCCCAGAACAGUCUGAAUUCUUUGCUGGCUUUAUCCAAUCAUACACACCCUACAAUCAACAUGCAGGAUGAGCUGUGGACCGAAGAUGUUGAUCCAGCAAUCCAUACUACCAGGACAGCAGGGGCUGUGGGGCCAGGGAUUUAUCAAGGUGAUGCCCUCUUAGUGCAGCAAGCAUUUGUUUCCAUGGAAACGGAGAACCAGGAUCCCGACGGAGAGGAGAAAAUCGUGUAUCUCUAAGUUCAAGUGUCUUUCCUAGCAGAGCUCACACAGAUGUAAACUCGAACAGAACCCUGGAACAGCAGCUGCAAAGCAGUACUCCGGUUUGGUUGGGAAAUUGCACUGAUGCCGUAGCCACAAAUAAUCAAUAGAUGGUGAAAGUUUAACAUCAAAAUUAUUUUGAUUCGUGUUUCUUCUUCGUCUUUCAGAUAACAUUGUUUUACAUUUGCACUUUUCCCCCAUGCGCUCAUGGAAGUAUUCGCACUUAGAUCCAGAUCAGUUUCAGGCUUGCUUUGUCUUUCUUACAUUUCUAAUGUAAAUAACAUUAACCAAACCACGUUCACUUGAUUAUGUUUAGCAACAUAGGAGUAAUAUUUCACCAGAGUCUUCUUAAAUCUGCUGUUUUCAUUCCAUCCCUGUUUUAAAACUCUGUUUAACUGAGUUCUGGGUUACUGUCCCAGACCUGCCAACCCUGCAGAGGAACAUCGCCAAUCAGGCAUAACAUUAUAACCACUGAGAGGUGACGUGAGUAACACUGAUUAUCUCCUCAUCAUGGCACCUUUUAGUGGCUGGGAUAUAUUAGGCAGCAAGUGAACAUUUUAUCCUCAAAUUUGAUGUGUUGGAAGCAGGAAAAAUGGGCACGUGUAAGCACAACUGGAUCAGAGCAUCUAAAACUGCAGCUUUUGUGAAGUGUUCCCAGUCUGCAGUGGUCAGUAUCUAUCAAAAGUAUCCUUAAAGUCCUGUAAGCUGUGAGGUGGGGCCCAUGGACUUACAGGACUUAAAGGAUCUGCUGCAGAUCUUGGUGCCAGAUACCACAACACACCAUCAGGGAUCUAGUGGAGUCCAUGCCUCUAUGGGUCAGGGCUGUUUUGGCAGCAUAAGGGGGACCAACACAAUAUUAGGCAUGUGGUCAUAAUGUUAUGCCUGAUCGGUGUACAUGUAUACAUAUAUACAUACAUAGAUUUGAUUUUCAUUCAAAACAUUCUCCAUUUAUCUUGACAGUAAGUGAAGGCACCACAAGCAGGUCAACUGAGACUAGAGAUCAUAGAUUGGUUAGAUGACAGGAAGAGGGUGGGGCUUCCACAGUGUCGAUUAGUAAUAUUGGAGAGUUUAAAACUGUCACAUGUUCGUUUACCUUUUUGGGUAAGGGGGAUGCUGUGUUUGCUCAUGUUUAAGUGCUGUCUUAAAGCACAGUAUAUAACAUUUAGUAAAUAAUUUGCUUGAAUGACUGAAUAACAAUCUAGUGUUUUAAAGGGUUAAAUCCUCAUAAUUCCCAGAUUUCUUGUGGCAUUUCUGAGGUGUGUGUUUGAGAGAGAGAGAGAGAGAGAGAGAGAGAGAGAUUUAAAGGUCUUCCCUAGGGUCAGUAUUGUGUCUUAUUGCCUGAAGCCCACAGAGACAGAAUUAGGUUACUCAAUUUCAACUUGCUUAUCACACACACACAUACACACAUACACACACCACAUUCUGCAUUAGCCGAGGCUUACUUACCAUAGCCAUCUAUUUCAAAGCUAGACACUUCAUUAACAUAAUACUUUUUGCAGUGGAUAUGAAAUGAAGCAUUUGUCCUGCUUUAUGAAAGCACUCCAGUCCUGUUUCUCAGACACCAUCUAAAUUAGAGAAUGAUUUAUAGGAACAUUCUGAUUGGAUGUAUUACCAUUUAAUUUGCUAAUACUUUGUGAUGGUUACACAAAUAGUGACACAUUUUAUAGUGUAAUUGCAAACUCAGCAUCCACACCCCUAUAGCUUACAUCCUGUAAUCCUGCAGCACAUCCUGUACCAAAACACUUACAGCAGGUUUGCGGGAGAAGAUCUAUGCCUAAUCCUAUGAGCUUCAAGUGCUGUGGGAGGAAAUGCAGGUUUAUGGGUAAUUAAGGAAUAACAAAUUCAACAUUCAUACAUAACUUCAUUGAGAUGGGAUUCAAAUGUUUUUUUUUAACCAAUAGUUUAAACGAAUGCACUGGAAACAGCACCUUGUUUUAUUGUUUGUAAAAAAGCAGAAAAAAAUCUUCAGUCCUUUGUGAGCUGACUCAAACUCUCUGACUGUGCAGUGCUCUUUAAUCCAAACGAAAUGAAAAUACUUACUUAGAGAUUCUGGGCUUUCUACAUGCCGUUGGUCAUCAGCCUUUAACUUUACAACCAUUUAACGAACUCAAGUGCGUUUAUUUGCCUGUAUGAAAAUUCUAAGUAAAACAACAUAUAACUAUUUAAGCUUUCUUCAUUGACUGAUGAAAGUCCAUGAAGUGUUUACUGAAUUUCAGUAAAAAUGUGUAAUAUCAGAUUCUAUAAAUUUGCCCAAACAAAUUCCAUUUACCUUUUUUUAUUCCAUUUUUUUUUUUUUUGCUUUUUUGCUUUAUUUGUAACUUUUAUUUAUUGUUAUUUUAUGCAUACUGAACUCUAUACUGUACAUAUGGACUGUUUUAUACAAUUGCUCUUUGUAAUUUAUCAUCUAAAUGAUCGUAGACUAGUUUUAGAAAAACAGUGACGUGUCUCAAAAAUCUUUGAAUAAAGAUGAAUAUGGCUGGGUUUGGUGGUUUGCCAGUUUGAUGCUAGAACUGAUAGUCAUGACUGCAUAUGUGUGAGGAAGUAUCCAGGAUUAACUGCAGAGUAUUCCGAGAAGAAAAAUGCAUUUCAGACUGGUUUGUAGGUGGUGAUGUGAAAAGAAAAUGCACAAAACAUAACAUUGUAUGUGUUUCCAAAGUUCUGAAAGUGUUCCACAGUCCUUUUAUCCCUUCCUCACUUUACUGUUGCCAUAGAAACAACUAGCAGCAGUAACCGAGAGGUCAUUAAUGUUAUGCACAAGGAUGUUAAACAAAAUGAUCAGCUGCUGGAAUUUGAAGAAAUGCUUUGGUUAUUGCACUCAGUUCACAUUGUAUCAGGUUUUCUUUGUGUUUGUGUAUGUUAGAUAUUUUAUGCACAUUUCUAGGUACAGUGCUUUGCUCAGCACUGCUUGUUAGCCACAUUUUUACUUCCUUCCUCAGUCAAACAAGACCACUUCUAGACCACUGCUGAACAGAUGUUAUUAGGGUGUGGUGCUGGCAUAGGGUGUAUUAAGUUAGUGGGUAAAAAAAGAUCUUUUUAUGUAGGUUUUUUUUGGUGUUCAGUGCAUUAGUGAGUGUUAAGCAGCGCACAUGAAUAUGGAGGAUUUAGGCACAGACAUGGAUCGCAGUUAGGUCACUUUCACGCACUACUGGCUAAACUACAUACAAUAUUUGCAUCUGCUUUAAAUUCCUGUCUUGUUUAGACGUGCUUUACUUCAGUUGGGGUUUGUGUGGGAUUUUAAGGCAAUGGGUCAAUGGGUAAUGAAUCGUAAUGAGUUUUAUUCACUCAUUUAUUGUUUUGAAGGAAUAAACAAUGUACUUAUACUUGAA